CAGAGGCCCGCGAUUAAGGUCAAGAUCAUCACUUGGAACAUGGGCGGAGCAUCGCUGCCCAAGGGAGAUCUCGAGGUGCUGCUAGGUAGAGUCGGAGGAUACGUCCCGCCAGAGGAAGACUGGGAUCUGGACGAUGCAGAGGGAAAGGGCAUACCCGGGCAGGAAGGUACACCGCGUCACGAGCGCAUUCCCCCUCUCCCGCACGACGACGGCCAUCCGUAUCACCUCCUCGUCGUAGCUGGACAGGAGUGCCCAUGGGGCGAUGGAAAACGCAUUGCAACUGGCAUUGGUGUGGCUGGUGAGCUCAGCGACCUGACGCGAAGCAAGAGCAAAGCAACACAUCUGAGCAAGUCCAAGGAGAAGAGCGGCGAGGGACACAAUGGAGCUGCUGUCCCUCAGACUCCCGCUGGAUUUGGGACAGGAGCCGAUACACCAGCAGGCGGUAGCGACGGCUUUCCCUUUGGAUCUCCUCCUCCAACCGCAGGCCCGGGCGGAAAUGUGCCUGCGGGUGCGCCUGCUACUCAUGGCGGUGGCAGAGUCUUUGGCGGCAAAGGGUGGAGUGACAUGUGUGAGGACUGGCUGUGUCGAGGCCCAGCAGCGCAGAGCAAGGCAACCAAGGGCCUGGCAGCUACGACGGAAGCCCUCGUCUCUGGCCACAUCGGUCCAAGUCAGGAGGGAUCGAGGAAUCCUUCGCGUGCUCCUAGCCCGUGCCCGAGCUCGCACGAGAUCGACGGCACGCCUCUCUCCCUCGGCGCCUACGAGCUGCUCGUCAAGGAGCGCUGUGCCAUGAUCUACAUGGCUGUCUACUGCUGGCGCGGCUGCCGGGACCGUGUGCGAGGUUUCGAUCGUGCCCACGUCAAGAGCGGCCUCCUCGCUGGCCGAGUUGGCAACAAAGGCGCCGUAGGCAUCAGUGUCAAGCUGGGCCAGACACGCAUGCUCUUCGUCAACUCUCACCUGGCAGCACACGAGGGCAAAAUUCAAACGCGCUUGGAUAAUAUCGCAAAGAUCAAGAAGGAGCUCCGCCUUGAUACCUUUUUGCCCACGGAGGAUCCGACGAACAAGCUUGCAGAUGUAACGGGGAUGUACGACCACUCAUUCUGGUGCGGGGACCUCAACUUCCGAGUAGACAUUACGCGACAGCAUGCUGAUUGGCUCAUCAUGAAUAAGCGAUACGAUCAAGCUCUCGAGUUCGACCAGCUUCGCAAGGUCAUGAAAGAAGGGAGGGAGUUUCAGAACUUUCGAGAGCACGAUAUCUCGUUCCCGCCUACGUACAAGUAUGAUGUACUCAAAACGCUCAAGAAGCCCAAGCGGGACAGGACGGUCCGCCGAAUCCUACGUCGUCGAGGACAUACGGCCUCUUCAGCCGUGGCUGCUACGUUUGCUGGCAACGAGACGGACGAGGACCCAGACGAGACCAGGGCGACGGCAGCAGAUGCGGACGAGACGAUGGAUACCAACAGGAGUGGAGCCACGAAGCGCGCCUCGAUGAUCAGCUUGCAAGACGGGGAAGAUGAGACGGACGACGAUGAUGAUGCAAGCUCGACAUCUUCGAUUGGACCCUGGGGCGGCUCGGUAGGCUCGUCGGGCUUCACCGGCCCACCGUCAGAGAGUGAACACUCUGGCCCUUCAGACUCGAGUGGGAAGAUAGGCGUUGCCACAGCCGCUGCCGGUACGAAGGAGAAGACGCCCGCCGCAGCGAGCGAGUCGCAGCCGUACGAUACGAGCGCAAAGCAGCGAGUGCCAAGCUGGACGGACCGAAUCCUGUGGCGGACGAACGUCAAGCCAAAGGUCGUAGGCCCUACUCUGGCUACUAUUGGAGAGCGUGGCGAGCAACAGGCUCGAGAGCCAUGGAUGAGGCCCCGUCGCACCUUCUCUGCCGAUCACGACAUCUCUGGCCUUCCACCCGAGCCACGACGAGGGACAGCGCGAUCGGAUCACGUCGCUCCCCCUCUGCCGACUAUGCAGCCCGACGCGCAUUCAGUGGCAAUGUCAACCGCAGCCCCUCCCCUCCCGGAGUCCGAGCUGGAGAUCAUUGGGCCGAGACGCGGCGAGGUGGAGUGCUUGCUGUACAAGAGCUUGGAUGAUGGAGAGAUGAGGGCCUUGGAGGGCAGGAGCGACCACAGGCCGGUGAUUUUUGUGGGUAGCAUUGGUAUUUAA